UGUCAGUUGUCAAGUUUACCGACCUUCAAUUUUUUCAUUAAUCAGCUGUAGAUUUUGCGACUUUUUUAUUUGUUUCAAAUUAUAAUAUUAAGCCAAAAUAUAUUUAACGAUGAAUAAAAUGUGUCCUAAAUGGAGUGGAAAUUAAUGUCUUACCAUUAACGUGAGCAAGGUGGUGGUUUUGGGCGGCGGUCUUUGCGGAUGGCGGGCGAGGAGUUUGUCGAGUGACCGCGGCGGGCGCGGCUCGGCUGGGCCCCCGAGCACGCAGGCAUGCAGCGGUAUGACAGAGGCUGCGGGCACGUCGCGUGGCCUUCGCGUCUACAAGAUUGUGGUCCUUGGCGACGGUGGGGUGGGCAAGUCGGCGGUCACUCUCCAGUUUGUCAGCCAUAGCUUCCUUGAUUACCAUGAUCCCACCAUUGAAGACUCAUACCAACAACAAGCAGUAAUUGAUGGAGAACCUGCCUUACUUGAUAUUUUGGAUACUGCAGGACAGGUUGAAUUCACAGCUAUGAGGGAACAGUACAUGAGGUGUGGAGAAGGUUUUAUGCUGUGUUACUCUGUGACAGACAAAAGAUCAUUUAGGGCAGCAUCAGAAUAUAAAAGGUUGCUGGCACAGGCAAGACCAUCCGAAACGCUGCCAUUGGUAUUGGUUGGUAAUAAACUGGAUUUGGCUCCUAGAUUUAGACAGGUAACAACAGAAGAGGGCAAAGCACUCGCUACACAACUGGGUUGUCCAUUCUUCGAAACAUCAGCCGCGUUGCGUCACUUCGUUGAUGAUGCUUUCCACGCAUUGGUCAGGGAGGUUCGCCGACUUGAAAGGCAAAGACAGUCAUCCCUAGUGGGUACGGGAAUAUCGACAGGCGGUGGUCGCCGUCGUUGGCGACGCCUGCGCAGUAUAUUUGCGCUCGUCUUUCGUCGGCGCAGACGCACACUUGAAUAGUCCUAAAUGGUAACUGCAACUCAUAUUUGAAACUUUUUCGCAGGUGUCGCUUUAUUUAAUAAUUUUAUAAGUAAUCACGAGAUUAGUCAAUCAACUCAAUAGAUUUUCUUUUUUCAUCUGUAAUUUGCUGUCUUAAUUUUUUCAAGUAUCUUUUAAGUUUAUAUAAAACUGGUCACGUUUUUUCUCGACUAAGACCUAGUAGGUUUUCAUUUACUGGUGCUAUCAAUGCACUAGAAAAUUGCUUUUAUUAUUUAACUUAAUUUUUAAAAUUUUCGCGCAUAUUUACAUUGAGAUUAUCGAUUGGUUUUUAAAAGGUCAUAUAUCGAGGUUAUAUUAAUUAAGAUAUAAAUGGUCAUUCUGUCUAAUAUCCCGUAUACAGGUUCUAAGAAAUACUAGGAUACUAGGAGGUUUAAGAUCCAUGCUAUUUCGGCUUCUACUUUCCUAGUAUUUCUAUAUACAGUGCAACCUCGAUAUCGAAAGGGAACAUGUAAAUAUUCAUUAUAUCAAGUAAUUCGUUGAACUGAGGUUUGUUAUGUUGAGGUGAGGUUGGUCUAAAAUUCGUUAUAAAGAGGUAAAAAAAUAGAUUUUGAUAAAUGAAUUUUAAGCUGUCGCGACAUGUAUCACAUACUAUGAGAUUAAAAGUCAUUGCUGAACUUUAUAUAAAGGUUUUGGGUUGAAAAAAUUCGUUAAUUAGAGGUAUUUAUACUUUUUCGUGAUAUUUGAAAAUUCGUUAUAAAGAGGUUGCGAAAUUCUCGUAAUGUAAAGAUAUUUUACAUUUUGACUCUUAUGGACAAUUCAAGGGGAUUACGAAGAUUUUGUUAAAUCGAGUAAGUCGUUUUAUUGAGGUACGUUAUAUUAAGGUUGCACUGUAGUUAUAGCCCUAAGGCUAAAUAUAACUAAUUUAUAAACCUUUCACUACCUCAUAUUUAUCCUUAGCUAUCUAUAUAUUGUGUUCAAAAUAGUUUAAGCACACCUUGUGUUGUUUAGCACUUUCUGCCUUUCAAGGCCUAGUUUUUCUUUAAGGCCUAAUCAAGUUUCUAUUGCGGUGGUUAAAUUUGCAAUAUAAAGAGAAAU